AUGGCCGCAUUUGAAGAUUUUCGACAACUUCUCAUUCUUUACUACGACGCUAAUUUGAUCAACGAUGAAGAUUUCGUUCUCCUUUACGACAUGUUUCCGUCGAGAAAUCCAAGUUUUCCUUACUACGAGUACGCUUGCUUUGACCUGAACAACAUGAGUGAGGCAGAGUGUAAGGCCGAAUUUAGGUUUGAGAAAAAAGACCUUCCGACUCUGGCAGAAGCCUUGCAGAUCCCACCAUCCUUCAAACUACGCCAGGGAAGCAUAGUAAGUGGAAUGGAAGGCCUUUGCAUACUCCUAAGACGGCUCGCCUAUCCUUGUAGAUUUGGCGACAUGGUACCUCGUUUCGGCAAACCAGUACCGGUGCUAUCCAUGGUCACAAAUCAUGUGAUUGAUUAUAUUUACACCAUCCAUGGACAUCGCAUAACCCGCUGGAAUGACGCACUGCUUAACCCACCUGCAUUGGAUACUUAUGCUCGAUCAGUUCACGCUAAAGGGGCUGCUCUCCAGAACUGUUUUGGCUUUGUUGAUGGCACUGUGAGACCUAUAGCCAGACCAGACGAGCACCAGAGGAUGAUGUAUAAUGGUCAUAAACGGGUGCACGCCAUUAAAUUCCAAUCUGUUGCCUUACCGAAUGGAUUGAUCGCAAACCUUUACGGCCCCGUAGGUAAAGAUCUUUUUAACUUGCUCUUAUUUAUAACUAAAUGUCAGGUUUAUGAAAAGAGCAACUCAAACGGAAAAGGUACAAACAUGGUUUCGGAGGGUAGUUGUUUUCCCCUUCAAGUGUCUGUUUUAUAGUAUAAUCUACGACAAACGCCUUUAGUGAUCAGGGCAAUGAAAGAAGCGUUGCAUGAUGAAAAACAAUGAUAUUCCAUGAAACAAACCUAAUACUUUUAACUUCUUCUUCCAGAGGGCAAAAGGCAUGAUGCAGGUAUGCUGGCAGAAUCUGGACUCUUGCAUGACUUGGAACGCCAUGCAUUUUCGACAGGGGGUCAGCCUCUAUGCAUAUAUGGGGAUCCUGCAUAUCCCCUCAGGGUUCACCUGCAAGGACCAUUCCAAGGUGCUGCUCUCACACCUCAGAUGGAGAUGUUCAAUGGAUCCAUGAGCUCUGUUCGAGUGUCAGUGGAGUGGCUAUUUGGAGACAUUUUAAACUAUUUUAAAUUCCUUGAUUUUAAAAAGAACCUAAAAGUUGGCUUAAGUAAUAUUGGUAAAACAUAUGUCGUAUGUGCUCUCAUGCGAAAUGCCCUAACAUGCCUAUAUGGUAAUCAAACCUCAGAAUUUUUUGAAUUAGACCCCCCAAGCCUCCAGGAGUAUUUCAGGUGA